AUGUUCACCGCCAUCCGACCCAUAACAAAUUCUUUCACCGUCAAACUUGCAACCGGCCAAGGUGGUGUAUGGACCAGUGUUCGACGGAUGAGUGUUCGGCCUGAAGCUCCGUCACCGGAACGAGCUGACCGAAAGAAAGUCACUCUUCAGCACUUGCGCCAGUUGCAUGCCACUCGUACGGCUAUUACAAUGCUCACUGUGUACAGCUAUCCUUCUGCUCGGCGUGCAGAUCAAGCAGAUAUCGACAUCUGCUUCGUGGGCGACAGUCUCGCACAAGUUGCACUUGGUCACGACAACACCACACGCCUCACGCUCGAUGAAAUGCUGCAUCACUGCCGAGCACUUGGCGUGAAAGAAGCCCUCGCAACGGCAGUGAGGCUGGUGAAGGAAGGCGACAUGGAAGCAGUUAAGCUCGAAGGAGGAGAUGAAGUUGUUGACGUGGUUCGCGCCAUCACAGCGGCCGGAAUUCCGGUGAUGGGGCACAUAGGCCUCACACCACAGAAGCAUACCAGCCUCUCCGGAUAUAAGGUCCAGGGCAGGAACGCUCAAGACGCGCUAUCGAUCGCACGCUCGGCCAAGGCAUUGGAAGACGCAGGCGUGUUUGCGAUUGUUCUCGAGGCGAUUCCGAGCCUAUUAGCGGAAGAGAUUACCGGCUCGCUCCGCGUCCCGACUAUUGGCAUCGGAGCAGGUAUGCGGUGUUCCGGGCAGGUACUUGUACAGGACGAUGCGCUGGGUGUGUGGGGUGGUGGCCGCAAGCCCAAGUUCGUUCGUCGCUUCGCCCAGGUGGGAGAAGAAGCUUUGAAGGGUGUCGAGGCAUCCGCCAUGGCUGUCAGGAAAGGCCAGUUCCCAGCAGACGAGGAAGCGCACACCAUGCCUCAGGACGAGCUGAACAAGUUCAAAGACAAUAAGCGUGUAUAG